AUGGAUCGGUUGGCGAGCCUCCUGAGCGGCAUGGCGCCAGGACAAAUAGAACAGGCCGUGCAGCUGCUGCAGCGUUACACGGCGGCUGCAGAAGCGAACCGGCAGACAGUGAAGGGGGAAGAGGCGCCGUUUUUGUCUUCGCCCAAUAGUGACGCCAAGACCGACGAUGCCGGUGGUGUUGGUAGAGAAGUGGGUCACCCAUCGCCCGUGAAAGCCGAGCGCGAUGGCUUGAACGCCCCGGCGGGCGGGUUGGAUGCGGUAAGCUCCGUCAUUGCCCUCGCGCUGGAGCAGACGAUCCGUGGCGGUUCUGCGGUCGCCGCUGCGAGCGGGGAUGGCAGCAAUGACGAUGAUGAUGAUGAUGACAUUUCCCUCGUUGCUCUCGCGCAGAAGAGGCAACGCGAGGCGGGGAAGAAGAGCCCCACCGCGGCGCCGAAGAAGAAGAACAAGGCACAAAACGUCACUGCGGAAGGCAAGGAAAGCGGCAACAUCACCGCAUUGGAGGAUCACGAGAGGAAAAGUCAAAAAACGGAUGACAGUGGCACCCCCUCUCGCAAGGGCACAUCGUCGGCCAAAGCGGCGGGCUCCCCGUCAUCACAGCAGCAGCAACAAAAAACGGCCAUCGCCGCGCGUGGCCUCGCUAGUUUUGGUUUUGUCAGCACCAUCAAGAGGACGACAGUGACGGUGGGUGACAAGAAGAAGCUGUUUACUCCCUUCGUGCAGGACAGACGUUUGGUGCCCUCUGCGUUACGGUUUUGGUGCCAUGACAAGGAUGCGCCAGCAUCGCAAAAAGAACCAUCCGUGCCCUCUUGUGUGCCGCGUGAGGAGAUGCCGAUGGGUGGACAACAGGUCAUUGCCGUGGAUGAAGAAUCAUCGCUAAUGCACUUGCCUGUGACGAGUUGUGGUGACAACGAGAAGGCGCAGGAUGCGCAGCGGCAGCGGCAGUUCGAGGGUGCAGCCCGACGUUAUGUGUCUUUUACGGCGAUGAUAGAUGACACCACAAAUUUUAUCGAUAAAGGAACCCAACAAGAACCGCCCUUGCAAUGCCCUUGUGCUUAUCAUGUGAGUAUUGCUGCCCCGCGCGCCGGCUUCAGAGACGAGGUGAUCUUUUGUGGGUUUUACGCGAUUGGCUAUGAUCCAUGUCAGUCACGUCCACCGUACUUUGGUACAUACAACAGCCAGGACUCUCUCAACAUGGAGGAGUUGCUGCAGCUCGCACGGUUUGACACUGGGAAAGAGAUGCCGCAAAUGUCAAAUCUUGACUACGAGUAUGACUCUGGUGACGACUGGGACGUUGUGGAAAAUGAUGAGGAUCUGGGUGCGUCAAGCAGCGACACCGAGGAUGAGGAGGACAGUGAUUAUUCCUCGGCCAGCGACACCGAUAACGACUUUAUCAACGAUAACGACGACGAGGAUGACGAUUCGGACGCGGAGCUACAGCGGAAGAUGGUGGAGGAACGCCAACGGCGGUUAAAUCGGCUGCGUCACAAGGACAAGCUGGUGCCGGUCUUCAGUGGACCAUUUGUGGGCAUCCCCAGACUUGAGCACCCGCUCCGUGAGUGUGAUAGAAUGGAGCGACUGGCCUGCACGCUUGAUGGCGCCUCAUUCACGGCAAUGAUGGAACAAGAGAUGCGGGGACUGGGCUCCGCCGCGGCAUUGAUCUCCCUUUCCGACGCCAACAGGAGCGGGUAUGGAGGCGGUGGCACGGUACAAACAGAAAAUGCAACGGCGGAGUCGUUGGACGAGAGGGUGCUACAGCAGCGGCUGGUUGCGGCGGCACUCCGUAACCGUCGUGAUAUGCUUCCCGAUGAAAUUGAUGCCAUGCACGCCAUCAUUGCAGCCAACGGGAAAAUAUUUCCCAAGGCCAUUGUUGAGGCGUUGCAGGGGCAGCAGUUGUGCGCGGGAGUUGCGCGGGCGGAGAUUCUUCGCACCAUUCGACGACAUUAUGAACUAAAACACAAAAUGAUGGUGCGGCGCCCUGAGCCAUGGUCCCCGACGGACGAGCGGCUCUUCAAAAAGCGACUGCGGCAGAUGGCAGGUGGAAGCAAUGUGAAUAGAAAAGGCAGCACGAAUAACCUCACCCAAAGCGCGAGCAACAAGGAUGAUAAUAAUAAUAUUAAUAAUAAUAAUAGUAAUAACUUCGAUCAGGAGCGAGGCCGCGAUGAGGAGGAAGAGGCGGAUGAUUACGAGGAUGACGAAGACGUGCCUCUGUUGGAAAUUGCAAUUAAGCGGCCACGUGCGGCGUGUGAAGCGAUUGAGGGUAAAAAUGAAUGA